AUGGAUCAUCUUUUCCGGCGGCGAUUUGCCAAAGGCAAACCGAUAAAGGCCGACCAAGUCGAGCCAAAGGAAGCCGAAAGUGUCUCGAAAGCUGAUCCAAGAGCUUCGUUAACGAUGACGGCUACCAAGGAGCAGGAGCCGGCCGGGGGCACUGAGACUGGCAGCAUACCGGGAACCUCCUCCCCCGGCCUCGCUCAGAAGCCCCGUGCUCGUGCCGACAGAGUGAUCAGCGGUGGGCUUUGCAAAGCUCGCCGAACCAAGACUAGGUUCCUUCCGAAGUCCGUCCCGCUCUGGGUGGUACCUGAGCAGAAGAGGGACAAGAAAGAGACAGAAGGCGAGCUUUGCAAAGCCCGCCGAACCACGCCUAGGUUCCUCCCGAAGUCCGUCCCGCUCUCGGCGGCACCCCAGGAAAAGAAAGACAAGAAGGAGAGCGAAACGGGGGGAGAAGAAGAGCAGAAGGAAAGAGAGGAAAUCGAAGACCGAUUUGAAAGAAAAGAAGAAGGCAGAGGAGAACUGCUAAAUGAUCAUUCUUCACCUCUCCGCAUCCCAGCCGCAAGGCACUGGCUGGUUUCAGGAUGA